AAGCGUGUUUUUCAGCAUGUCAGCUAUUUACAAUUACCUCCAAAUUAAAUUAGAAACUGCAGAGACUCCAAAUUAGUCUCUGGCAGUGAAGAGACGCUGAUGCCAGAGACCCGGACGGGACAAAAAGGACAGGAGUGAGGAAAAGCUCAGGUGAUCCGAAGACAGAAACACUGGAGGAGCGAACUUUCAUCAGAUUAAUGAGAAUAUAAAAAGAAGUGAGCAAACGUAGAGGAGAAAGUUAAUUAGAGAAUGAGCCGGAGUUCGUCUCAGAUCAAGCUGUUAUAGUUGUAGCAUCCAGGGAAGAGGUUCCUUCAGCUCCUGUUGGAGAACCGAGCAGAGGGACUUUAAGGAAGCAUCAUGACUCGUUUAUGUCUCCUAAUUGGACUCCUGAGUUGUCUUCACUUGGCAGGCUGUUUGCAGUGUUACACCUGUGUGUUUCCUGCCAUUUCUCCCAUGGACUGCCUGAAGUUUCCUCUGGAGUGUCCUGCAGGCCAGCGCUGCCUGUCCAGUGUGGCGAAAGGAAGGCGAGGCGCCCUUCAGCUGACGAUAUACGAGAAGAGUUGUGCCGUCCCGAUGCAGUGUGGCUUGGCCGGACAGAAGUACACUUCUGGGGUGUACUUUAACUACACCAACGACUGCUGCGACACGGAUCUGUGCAACGCCGCCGGGUCUGUUGGUGCCCUCGGCCUGAGAGGAGCGCUGCUCUGCCUGCUGCCUGCACUGGGCCUCCUGCUGGUCUGAACCGAACCACCAGAACCACCUGUGCCUCCAAAUGUCUCUUUCAAAAAGAACGGCUGAGACGUUAAAGGAAAAUUAAGUUUUAGCUCAUCACAAGUUGAACCAUCAGUAUCAUUUGUCAGAAGCAGCUCUUCUAGAAGGUAUUUAAUAAAAGUGGAAAACAUUUCUAUUGAAAGAUAUUUAUCUAGAAAGAAUGUUAAAAGUAAUUCAAUGUAACUUCUUUAGAUCUUCACUUGAAAAAUUUUUGUUCUUUCUGAACUCUUUUAAUCAAAAUUAUAAACUGCGGAGCAAGAAUUAUUAUUCAUAUUCUCCGAAUCGAAAUAUCAAGGCCAUAAGAAAUAAAAAUGCAUUAACUAGAAUAAAUAAUUACUUUAUUCUCAAAGUCUUUAUUAUUUUCUUAGUGUAGUCCUAAUUCUCCAUCACAUUAUGGUUAAUAGUAGUAAUUAUUAUAAUAACUACUAUCAUUAUAGAGUAAUAUAAAUUGUGUCAGCUAGCUUAGCAAAGUUAGCUCUUUGGUUGCCUAGCAACUCUCACUGUUCUUUGGUCACCUAGCAACACCGUGCUGAGGAACUUGCGGAGCAGCAGUUUCAGGUUUUGCCUCAUUACUGCUUACACAUAAACAACAGCAUGGGGAGAUGAGAGGAAAGGUUCGUUUCCUCUUAACAAACCUUCAGCAGCAUUUCAGGUAUAUAAAACAAAAAAUUAAUCAAUAAUUAUUGAUAAACUGACAUGAAACGCUCACGUUUUUCAGCCGUAUUGUCCAGGUAUAUGUUGUACUGACUGGAUUAAGGCCAGCUGUUUAAAAACAGACAAAUAAAAUAAUUCAGCUUAAAUGAACUCAAACAUGUAUAAAGUGACGAUGAGAGGAGUUGUGUUUUCAGUUUCAUGCUAGUCUUGGUGCUUCAGAUCAUCUGAUUUUUGUCAAGUUUUACAUGUGAAGUGUUUUUUAAGUUCCUGUGAAGAGAUUUAAAAGUCCUACUUCUCUUUGUUUUUUUAAGUUUCUAUAGAAAAACAAGUUUUUCAUUGUGUUCUGUUAGCUCAGCUAACACUGUUCUGUUUGGUACUGAUUCUGUUUCCCUAACAAAGCAUUUUGUGCUAAAUAAUGUAGAAUCAGUUCAUUUCUCUUGGGACUUUUACAAAUAUGGAGAUAAAUAAUAAAAGCCCUCAUAUUAUACAGAAUCUUCAUAGUUUUAGAUUAUGUCAUAUUUACACUGGUUAUUGUUUGACCCAUUGAAUUUGAUUAAAUCUCGGAUUAUAAUCUCUGACUGAACCAAAUAUAACAACUUCCUUGUUAGUCAGUCAUGUAAAGCAUAUUAUCAUAUUCAUCAAACUACAUAUAAAAUUGUUACAUAUUCAGCAGGAACUUCCUUCUGUUUUCUUUUUAUGUGGACUUUUCAAAACAAGCCAGAAAUAAAGAAGGACGCAUUUUAUUAUGAAGAUAUUUUUAUUGGAACUUUAAUAAAAGUGAAAUAAAAAUUU